AUGACGAAACUCAACAUAACCGAUCCCAACAUCUGGCUGCCUGGAGAACCAAAGGCUGAUGCCAAAUUGCUGUGCAGUUAUUUGUUGAAUCGAAAUGGAUCCUGGGGCCUCGCCAAUUUUGAAUGCAGUGAGGAGCACGAAGGAAAAGUUACUAUCGUUUGUGGCUUAGCAAAGGCCACCAAUUGCACAAUAGCUCCUCCGAAGCAGAACAACAGGACAGGCACUGCAUCACCAGCACCUGAUAGCAAUGGAGCUUAUGUUUUUGAAGCAACUAAUUCCUACCCAACUUGUGAUUGCGGAAUGAUGGAAGAGAACCAGACGGGAUCGGUAACAGUUCGAACCAGCACCUGUUACGGGAACUUUGGCUGGUAUCCUUAUUCCCUUGGACCGUGUGUACCUGGUACCAAAAAAUGUGGAGGGCUGCCAUCGGAGCCGAAAAACGAUUCUCACAUGCAACAGAAUUGUUCCGUGAACGACGAAAUAUCUCACUGGUCUCUCACGUGUGUUUCCGACUACAAAUGGGCAAAUUCCAGUAGCACAUCUUUGGACAGGACGUGUAACGAAGAUACUGGAAACUGGACUGAAAUUCAAGAUACCUGCGUUCCCGUGACAACUGAUGAGACAGCAUCAGCAGAUUCAACAAGCGCAUCACUUACUUCGUCAACAAGUGUCAGUCCAACUACUUCCACGACACAAGGUGGUUUAUCCAGAGCAAACACGAUGAUGUCUUCUUCCACCGGAACAGCAGCGACAUCUACUCAAACAUCAACAGAAGCCGGCUCAGUUAUUGCUUCAACUGCGUCAACAUCACUCUCAGCAACCAAUGGAUCAACGAGUUUGACAUCCAAUCCAUCCACUAUGAGUGCCACAACUGCAACUGCAUCAAGUUCCAGUGCAGCAAGUGGAACAACUAACACGCAGCAAGGGACAACAAUAUCCUCCAUGAUAGUGUCAUCUACAACUACUACUGGAAUUACUGCGUCGACAGCAAAAAUCACUGAAAUUUCUUCCGGCACAGGAAGUUCUUCAAUUUUGAGUACGACUGAGCCGAUCACAUCAACUACUAGAGCAACAGGGGAACCAGGACCUAUUUACAGCACUUGUAAUACAGCUGAAGGACAAUGGACCCCCAUCGACGACUUCUGCAUCCUUGCCCAGGAAACUCCGAUUUCUGAAACCUCGACGAAUGCACCAACGGAAGCACAACCCAGGGAUUGGUCAAUAAUACUUCCAUUGUUGACUCCGGGAGAAGAGCAGCAACAUAUUACAAUGGAAAUCGCUGUGAACAAAUCUCAAAAUUUUGCAGUUGCACCUUAUCGUUGUCCCACAGGGAAAUACUUUCUCGGGGUCAGCACUGAAUUUUCUGAGGGUCAACUGUUCCGCAAAUCUGGGAUGGAAGAAACCAGAAAACGAGCUUUCCUGCCAAGAUUCUAA